AUCGUGAGGGUUAUUUAUGCAUUAUUAACCAUUAUUUCUGAAUUUUUCUGAUUUUUUAUAUCGUGACUUGUGUACUUACCUAAAUUUAAUUUCAUCGGAAAAAAAAACCGUUUUAUCGGUCAUGGCGUUCCGUUUCGCUAACAUUUUCAAACUUAAUUCACAUCUAAAACCAGUACAACAUCAAACAUUGAUUCGCGGGAAGAGCAAACAAGCAGAGAGUAAAACUGAAGGCAAAACUAGUUGUCAACAAUAUCCAUACGUGUUUCAGACAAUGGACGAUAUGCCGGUUCCGUGUGGAAGUUGGAAAGAACAUAACUGCCAACGAAACAAUUACUACAACAAAGUUUUGGCAUUUGGGUUCGUUUCUUUGGCAGCAGCCCUUUACGUUCUAAAGAAGAAUGUAUUUUCCAACUGUACAGUGCCACCGUAUCCAUUUGAUAAUAACCGUGAAGAAUCAGAAGAUGAUUAA